UUUCGUCGUCUCUUUAGAUUGCGUGUAAGAAUAUGUCAAACAUGAAACUAUAAUCUAUUUAUCAAUGAGUGUUAAGGCUGAUUUCUUGAGUAAGAAGAAACUGAUCCUUGUCUAAGUGUUGGUAAAUAUGUCUGGAAAGAAGAAGGAGCUUCUGUCCUCAGCCAUGAAGAGAACUAGUGAAUGGAUUUAUUCUCAAGAGAUUCCAAGUGACAUCACUGUUGAUGUUGGAGAAACUUUGUUUUCACUACACAAGUUUCCACUUGUGUCAAAAUGUGGGUUUAUAAAGAAACUUGCUUCCGAAACAAGCAACGAUUCGAAAGUUACGGUUAUCAAAACCCCAGAUUUCCCCGGAGGUGCGGAAACAUUUGAGCUAGUAAUCAAAUUCUGCUACGACAUAAGCUUCGAGAUAACCACAGAGAACAUUGCGAUGCUACGAUGUGCAGCAGAGUAUCUUGAGAUGACAGAGGAGCACUCUGUUGAAAACCUUGUUGAGACAACUGAGGUGUACUUACACGAAGUGAUCCUCAAGAGUUUAUCAAAAUCGGUUAAAGUUCUGCAACAAUCUCAAGAUUUGUUGCCUAUAGCCGAGAGAGUGAGACUUGUGGACCGGUGUAUCGAUUCAAUUGCUUAUGCAGCUUGUCAGGAGAGCCAGAGGAAUGAAAAUAUAGUUGACUGGUGGGCUGAGGAUAUGACUGUUCUAAGGAUUGAUAUGUUUCGUCGUGUCUUGAUCGCAAUGACUGCUAGAGGGUUUAAGCAAUACGCGCUUGGUCCAGUGCUUAUGCUCUAUGCUCAAAAAGCUCUAAGAGGGUUGGAGAUUUUUGGGAAAAGAGCAACAAAGAAGAUGGAGGCAGAACAAGAACAUGAGAAAAGGUUGAUUCUUGAAACAAUUGUGAGUCUUCUUCCGAGGGAGAGAAACACAAUGUCAUUUAGCUUUCUUUCGAUGCUUUUAAGAGCUGCGAUAUACCUCGAAACCACGGUAGCUUGCAUGCUUGAUUUGGAGAAAAGAAUGGGAUUACAGUUAAGACAAGCUUCCCUUGAUGAUCUCUUGAUUCCUUCUUACUCAUUGAAUGGAGACAACACAAUGUUUGAUGUUGACACUGUUCAACGUAUCCUCAUGAACUAUCUUGAGUUUGAAGUUGAAGGAAGCUCUACUGCCUUUGCCAGUGAUAUUGGUGAGUUGAUGGAGAGUUAUCUGGCUGAAAUAGCUUCUGAUAGAAACAUAAACUUGGCAAAAUUCAUCGGUUUUGCCGAAUGCAUUCCGAAACAGUCUAGGAUUACUGAAGAUGGAUUGUAUCAAGCCAUAGACAUCUACCUCAAGACACAUCCGAAUAUAAGUGAAAUGGAGAAGAAGAAAGUUUGCAGCUUAAUAGACUGUCAAAAGCUAUCAAGAGAAAAGUGUGCUCACGCAGCUCAAAAUGAUCGUCUCCCUGUACAAACCAUGGUUCAAGUUCUCUACUAUGAGCAACAACAUCUCCGUGAAAUUUUAAGCGAAUCAGAUUCUCCAGCAGUAGCAGCAACCGCUAGAGAUACUCUUCCUCCUCCUGAUGAGCUUAGCUCCUACAACAAUGAACUCUCCAAACUAAACCGCGAAAACCAAGACUUGAAGCUCGAGUUGAUCAAAGUGAAAAUGAAGUUCAAGGAGUUGGAGAAGGAGAAAGCUUUUGAAGUACUCACGAGUGGUUCUGAUUGUUCUUCUUCGGUUUCAACUGCUUCGGUUGUUAAGCCUCGAUUACAAAGAAAGUCAUUUAUAAGCUCUAUAUCUCGAAAACUCGGAAAGCUUAACCCUUUUGGACUCAAACAAGGACAAACCAAACCACCCAAAGGCCGAAGACACUCUAUAUCUUGAUGAUCAAUUCAUGUUCUUGUUAGGGAUUUUGCAUAUUGCAAGAAUAUAUGUUAAAUAGAGCUGAUGAGAAAUAUCUUUUGGGUUUC